UACCUCUAAGUUAUUGAUUUUUAUCUUUAAUGAAAUUUUUCACUGAGGAAUAGAAAUAGUUUUCAGAUGCGUUGUUAUUUGUUUUGGUGUAAAAGUAGUUUUAGUUAAAAUUUGUUAAAAGAGUACUUAAGUAUGAAUCCGUACAAAGAAUUAGAAGAUAACUCCUUUAACACAUCACCACACCUUACUUACGCAGAAAUUGCCACAAAAUUGCUUAAAGAUAAUUAUUUUUUGACGGCGUUAGAAUUUCACACUGAGUUAGUAGAAAGUGGAAAAGAACUUCCGCAGUUGAGAGAAUUUUUCUCGAAUCCCGGGAACUUCGAACAACAUGUCUCAAGAGCAUCUGAAGUCUCUACAAUGUAUCGCACCCCAAGCGUAGCAACACUAGACUCUUUAGACACAACACGGUACUCUGAAGAAGGUGGGGGAGAUAGAGUGGGAAGCGGGGCUGAUGUCGCUGUGUUAGAGUUUGAGUUAAGAAAGGCAAGAGAAACUAUUAAUGCUUUGAGAGUCAAUCUCACACAAGUUACAGAUACAGACACUGGCUUGGAUAAAUCUUCAAAGGAUAAUUUUAACCAGGCUUCAUUGAAACCGCAUGAAAAAAGAGCCCUUAACUUUCUGAUUAAUGAGUAUUUAUUACUUCAAGACUACAAAUUAACAAGUAUUACCUUUUCGGAUGAAAAUCCUGAACAGGAGUUUGAAGAUUGGGAUGAUGUCGGUUUAAACAUACCCAGGCCACCAGGGUUGAUAUCAUUGUUCAGAGGUAGCACAAGUGUCGUGCAUGCUUCUUGCUGCGAUGUUUCGACUCAGUUUGAUAGUGACUACUUCUCCGAUGCCGAAUGUCAAACCGAAAAUGAUGAAGCGAAUGUGUGUGCCAACUGUCAUAUGUCUAUGCAGAAUGAGGCGAGCUGGGUGCAUGAGCUUCACAUCCAAGCGGAGGAGAUAAAUUUACUGAAACAAAAAAUAAUUGCUCUGGAAACGGAAAAGAUGAACUUCCAGAAGCUGUACGAUGCAGCGAUAAUAAGUCUCAACACACUUACGAGUCCGGCUUCUGACAAGCAGAGCUUAGAGCUGCAUAUGUCAAAUGAAAAACUAAAUACGGCCCAAGAAAGGUUUGAGCAGCAAAUCAACCAGAAACCUAUUACAUAUAUGGCCACUGAGAAUCACUACGGAAGCAGUAAUUCAACGCAAAGUGCUACGCCGGAACAAUUCGAAUUGAUCGAGAAUGACAAACAUUGUGCAGUAGUAAAAAAAGGAGGUUCGAAUACCAGCUCGUUUGAGCCAGGCGUUGACAGCAGCAGAGGUUCCCCACUGCGACCCGGGAGCAUUACCACCUUGGAAGACACGCUCAGUAUCAAUGACGCCACGGAGUGGACUAGGCUUCAGUUGGAGUACAAUGUCGUCGAGAACUCCAAGGAAAUGUGGAUUGAUAGCGUAAUACCGAACAAUCUGAAAGAAUCAAUAAUGAGAUGGUGCAAUGAAGGAAUGGAUGUAAGCGGCCAGAUAUCCAACGACCUGUUGUUGGAGUUGGUGAACAGUGAGAAGCCUGUAACGCUGCCCGGACUGUUACUCCUGGUAGCUGAUACCUUACCGCGAAUAUUGCCGCACACGCUGUUGGCACGACGCAAUGAAUCGGCGGCAUUGUUAUCUGCCGCGGUGGUGUUGCUUCCGCCCGCUGACUCCAGGCGAGCGAAACUACUGCAUACAUUGCUGACGCUGUACAAGAAACCCGACCCUCCCGAUGCCAAGAUACUGUGUGAAGCUGCAUGUCUGAUAGUAAAAUGGGGUGGAAGCGGAGAAGUGUUGUCAUCAAUCGCAGAACUGCUGGCCUCUAAGUCACCAGAGAGAAGAAUUCUCGCAAGCCAGAUAUGCCUAGCAGUAGCACCAUACGUACCGUUAGAAUUAUGUACGUCACUACUGCUAAGCCUAGUUGUACUCAUGUGUGAAUCGAGUGAGAGUGAAUUACGAUACUUUGGAUUGAAAUCCGCGGUUCUAAUAUGCCCUAUAGUUGAACAUAAGUACGGCCAGUUGGAGAAUAUUCUGUUCCACUUCUUGAAGGAUCCAGUUGAUAGAAUUGUUAAGGAUGCCGUGAAUGUUUUUCUUCCAGUGCUAGCGAGGAGUGCAUUGAUAUCAGGGAAGUUUUUAUCAAUGCUGUGCAAUCGAAUCAUAUCAAACCUAGUGAAAGCAAGCAGUGAGAAUGACUGGAAGAAUGUCGUUUUAUAUUUAGAUGUGUUAAGAACAUUGGUGAUAGCGAAGCUGUCGUAUGUGAUAAAUGUACAAAUAGUUAGGGAUGUAACUUUAAGCAACUGUGAUUUAGGAAUGAUUCAAUACGUGAUGCUGAGUGAACAGGAGUGUUUUGUGGAGCUACAGUGCUAUUUGAGUGAUAAUUGUGAUGGAAAGACUUUGCUGGUCGCGAUGAAUAGUUUGUUGAAGGAGAAACCGGAUGUAAGAUGGCCGGAGUUGAUGUGGUUUAUAAAGUUAACAAAACAAAUAUUAGAAGUAAUGACAACGCACGAAAUACUCAACCAUUCCUCUAUAUAUGAGCUCGUUAUAACAUUAUUUAGCAGUUAUGUCUACAAUUUCGGUGUUCACUUCACGUGCGAGAUACUGAAGCCGUUAUUCCAGCCAGUUAUUAGUGACCUGGAAUAUAAAUUGGAGAAACUUCAGUCGGUGAACGAGAAUUGUUUAGUUGUGGUUGGAAUCUACUUAGUAACAAUUUUAGCAAUUGAGGAGGCGGAUCAGCAAAUUGAAUACUUACAAAAGUGGCUGAUGUACGGUAGCAUAAGAAGUCUCCCAAUAAAGAUGCUGGUAAUACCUCUUAAAUGGCUCACAACACAUAGGCCUGAUCUACUGGAGUUAUAUCUGCAACAUAUGAGAGAAUUUGUUGCUAGCAGUUGUGACGUAGUGAGCGGCAGUGCGCUGAGAGUGUACACCGCUAAACUCGUGGCCGAACUGCUGAGCGUCGCUGAAUGUUCUGACGAGACUAUCGAGAGACAUCUGCUGCCAGCUGUCACGGCCCUGCUGCACGAUGACGAAACUUCCGUCCGCGAAGUUGCCAUCACAGCGUGGGGCAGCGUGACAAGGACGUGCUUAGUACGCGGCCUGGCAACACAGGCUAACAAUAUUGAACCUCUGUGUUGGCCUCCGUUCGAAGAGCUCCUCAACUCUCGGACCCUCUCUAACAAAGAGAGCGUUAAGGCGGCAGAGGCUUUGACGCUCCUGGUGUUGCCAACUGUUGAAAGUCAUUCGGUGUCAGAAAGAGCGGUGUCGCUGCUCUGUGCUCUGUGCCACCGGAGUCCACAGUCGGCGGAGAGCGUGGCAGCGCUGAGUCCAGGUCUUCAACUGGCGACUCACCACUGCAGCCACCAUCCCGCGCUGCUACCGGCUCUACGGAAACUAGAAGAAGCCAUUCAAACCGCGUCUCUGCUACAAUUCAAGCCGGCCAUAGAGUCCCUGCUGCACGUGGUCAGCAACGAGACGCCGCGUGUGCCCUCUCCGAAGCCCACCACCAACUUGCAGACAGCCCAGGAGGUCGGCAGGCGAGUCACGCAAAUGUUCCAGCACUCCAAAACCAACAUCAACUUACCGAAUAUAUUUAAGAAGAAAACCUAGUUGGGGUUGCAGUGCUACUUACGGGCUAGCCUCAAGCUUUAGGAAAUUUUAGUGGUUGUGUGAAAACUCCGUGCGAAUCGUGAAUAAGUUAAGAACACUUUUUGGUAGGGAAAAAAUCUAUUGUGUUUGCGUCACCGACAUUCUCAUGACUGGCGCACGCGAUAAAUAAAUAAUUAAAGAAAUAAAUACAUAUAAUUAGACACUUUUUGGAUGUAUAAAAUCUUGUGAGUUUGCGUCACCGAAAUGCUUAUAGCAGUGUUUCUGUAGCUAUACAGCUGACGUAUUUUGUGUAUAAUAGCUGGCCCGAAAAUAAUAGCUUUGUCUUUUUUCUAAUUGUUAGCUCAUUCUCGCUUCGUACAGAUAUAUUCUUUCUAUCAUUUCAUCUGUAAUAAAAAUUAGUAGAACCGUUUCGUUUACACGAAAAAUAAUAAUAUAAAUAAAUCAUCACAGUUCUAUUUUGGCAUUACCAAGAUAAUCUAUUGUAAGGCCAACGAGACGAGCUAAAGAAUGUUAUCAAAGUUUCAGGGGUUCAAAACAUUUUUAAUUAAAUAAAUUCAACCAAAUCUCCAGCGAAAGUUUAUUAAAAUUAUUCAGGAAAAACAGAUACACAUAACUAUCCUAUUGAAGCAUGUUUCUCUACACACGCCGUCCACUCCUCGCGUGACCACCGGGUACGGAAAGCAAAAACAUUGUUUGUUUCAAAACAAAAAUGUGUCGUGAAACAUUUCUUUGUGUAGAAGAUUUUGUUAAAUAUUGAAAUGUUUUUGUUGAUUGUAUAGCAUUGACUUACAAUAAACAAGUAAACUCACAAUCACGCUCAAAAAUUGUCUGAAGUUUAACUUUGCCUACGCGUCAAUUAGGCAGAGUUUUCGUUCAGUUAUGUUUCGACCGCGCUUUGAAUACAACGCCACGCAAUGAAAAAGUGUUCAGAGAAAAACUGUCCAAAUAUCAUUAUAUCCAAAUUUAAAAUGGUUAUAGUUUCGUAUUUCAGGUAAUUGUAAGUGCACCUUUACAAAAUUAUGUAACUAACAAAAGAGACGGACGUCUUUCCCGCACAUUUCGCACAACCAUCAAUGUGCUACCUAUGAGCUCAUGAGCGUACAAAAUAUAUAUGAUAUACUUUGAAUAUUACAUAUUAUAUAAUAGACUUUGGACAUUACUACCACGAAAUAGGGCGUUAAUUUGAAUGAAUGUUUUAAUGUUAUCUGUUAGUGUUAAAAGUUAAUACGUAUACGCUUACAACGCCUCUUGGAUAUUUUUGACGAACUUUUAAUAGGCAAUUGUGAGUGUAGCUGUUUAUAUUAUGUCAAUGUUUUGUAGGGAAAAACAUGCGCUGGUGACACGGCUUAACCAAAGAGGAGAGGAGAUAUAUUUCAACAACCAAUCAGAUUUCGUUAUUGCCACAUCUCCUCCCCGCUUAGCUUCGGUGGAAAUGGAUGAAGAGGAGUGGAGAGGAGAUGUCUCAUUUUUCUAUAGAAUUUUGUGCCGCGUCCAUCGAUGAUCCAGAAUAUAUGUUUCCUUCAAUUGUUUAAAUAUUGAAGAAUUCAUUGUGUUUCUUCAACCUCUAAUUCCUCUUCCUCAAGCAGGUUAAUAUAUAAUUUUUAUAAUGACUUCGUUUCGUAGACAUCACUUACUGAUUUCGAUCUCGCACAGCUCACAUCUCCUCUCAGCUUUGGUGGAAAUAGCCGGAUAGCUUCGCGGCCUAUCUCCUCUCAACUCCUCUCGGCUCUGAAGGUCGGCAACGCUGUUGUGAUUCUCUAGUGUCACAAGAUAGUUUGGGCCGCGGUUAUUUAAAUAAUUCCUCAUGAAUGAUAUAAAUAACUAGGCAUAAUACAUGACAAUAAUUUCGUUUCAUAAUUAAUAUUAUAAUAAUAAUUUAUCUUUGUUAUUCGUUAAUGUUGCUGCUAAAUGUAAUUAAACGAAUUGACCGCUGGACAUGAAACUCACGAAAAAUAAUAUAUGGAAUUAAGAUCGACAGAAAUUUCGCGGGUGGUGGCGGGGGCCACAAUUGUUAAUUAAAUGACUGUCACUCGAACGGUUGGCUCAGUGGGAAGAGUGCUCGCUAAGAACGCGAGAGGUCGCGGCUUCGAGUCCCGCAUCGUUCAUACCUUUUUUUUAUCAAAUUUCAUUUGUGUAACUAAUCCCAUAAUAUGGGAGGGUUAUCACUCUAAAACAUAACAAAUUGUUUAGAUAUUAUAUUUAAUACAAUUAACAAACAUUUAUACUCAGCAUACAAACGUUUGCACCUACCGGGAUUCGAACCCGGGGGGUCACAAACCAUUGGGCUAUAUCAUUCGUCUGUAGAAAUAGCUACUAUAAUUUGAAUACAUACAUAUAAAAAUACAAAUUUUUUUUUAAUUUUCCGCUAUUAUUUUUACAAAACAAAACAGCGCGUUUGUCUUUUUUUGUGAUUACGUUUCCCCGAGAUCUCGCGUUAUCUAAACUCGCUCUAUGUCUAACUACUCUCGCGUUAUGUCUAACAACGCCAUAUCAAUUACUGAGGCUAUUAGGCUCAGUAAGUGGGUAGAGGGUUAAAGGCGCGGCCCCUGUAACGCGUCCAGUGGUCAAUUCGUCCCAAGUAAAUUAUUAUGAAAAUGUUGAACGUGAUAUAACUGAAUACUCUGUAUAUUUUAGUAUAUAAUACUUUAAGUAAUAGUUAUUUAUGCAACUGUUUUGUAAUAAGCGAUAUUAAAACACGUAUGUGGGUUUGUGUUAUGUGAUAAUAGUAUCACAUGAGUGUUUUAAUACCUAAUUACCAACAGUUGCAUACAAGACUUUAUGUACACUCAUAAUAUAAAUCCUCUAUAAAAGAUUCAGUUAGCUUACUGCUAAAAUUAAAAAGCCAGUCCUAGUAACCAUAAUAUCCAUCCAUAGGAGUGUUAUUAUGAAAACGGAUGAUAUAAUGUUGUACUGAAUUUCAUUACAACACUCGUUUGGAUGAUGUAAUGGUUAUUAGGGUGUUUUAACGUUGGCAAUAAGGUAACUGUUUCAGAAUCUUUAACAGAGGAUUUAAAGCAUGUGUGUAGAUAAAAUAUAUUUAUUAUACGUUAUGUAAAAAACUGCACUAAGUACAGUUUUCGCGCGAGUUGAAUGCAGUUGGGGAAAAAAUUACCAAUCAGAACGCUCGAAGUCUCACACUGCUUACUUCAUUUGUGAUGUACCUAGAUUUAUAAUAAUAUCACUAUAAUAGUGUGUUCUACCAGUGGGAGGCUCCUUUGCACCGAAUACCGGCUAGAUUAGCUAGUGAAAUAACAGGGCAAAUGAAACUUAACAUCUUAAAUUCUAAUUUUUCUUCGGAAUUUCUAUUCUUCAGCAACCACAAACGGUACAGACCAUAGAGUAAUAGUAACUCAUACUGUCUAAAUAUAAAGUUUAAAAUACUCUCUCGAAUAUAUUUGGCCUUAAUUCACUCGUCUUACGCUUGACUAUUUUUAUAUAUUAUGUUUCAUUAAAAAAAAGCCAAGCGUUAUGCGAAUAAUGUUUUAACUAUUAGUAUUAAUUUAGAUUGUUACUUAAGAUUAUUUAAAAGAUACUGUUCUAUUAAUACCUUAGAUUAAGGAUUGGUCUCCGCUGCGCUCCAACUAGCUACCGCACGCGUCCGGCAACUAAUACUACGCCAACGCUGGCGUAUUCGAGCCAGUCUCGAACAAUGUGUGAUGUUGACGUGCCGAAUAUUAUGUUAAACUUUGCUAUUAUUUGAAAAUAAAAUGCCGGGUUGCGAAGUAAAACUCUGUAAAAAUAAUGCUACAAGAAAUAUGAAAGACACUGGGAUCACAUAUCAUCAGUAAAGUAUUUUCUAUUUUAAUAAUUUCAAUGUAAAAUAACACGAAGCGUAUGUUACAAAACUUGAAAGAUGCCAUUGAGUGUCAAGAUGCCAGGCACACAAGCAUCUAAUAGUUGCCGUAAUAAAAUAGCAAUUGUUAUUAGGUAUUUCGGUAUCUAGUUGGAGCGCAGCGGACACCAAUCCUAAAUUUAAGAUUAAUACAUAUUAAUUAUUUAUCAAAACAUAGCAAUGUUAUAUUUAAAAUGUACUUAAUUAUACAUUAAAUAAUAUUUAAGCAAGUACAAAGGAAGACAUUAAUGCAAUAAUUAAUUGUAGUACAAUCAAUGACGUUCUAUACAUAUGGACAAAUCGCGUCGGAUUAAAACAAAGCCGAAAUAUGGCACAUGCCACAAAUUACUCAUUAAUAAGCCUCUACUGGUAUAUAGCAGUAGCACCCUGUAGAUAUCUACAGGGUAGCUAUUUGAGAGGGGCGUUGAUGGCCAAGUUGGAAACUACGACACAUAGAGAAAAAUCGUGAAAGGAGUCAUGCCCUAGAUUUAUAACUAAGCAUAUGUAGAUUUUUAAAAUUUCUUGAACUUUUGACGAAAAUCGAUCCGAAUGAUUUUUAUUAAAAUUACACAUUGUAUUGAAUCGUUUCACUCACUGCUCUGUAAGAUUUCUAACAAAAAUAUUGAAUAGGAGGUGAGUUUUCUUCCGUGUAAAAAUAAUAAAAUUUGCUAUUUCCUUUCAUUUUUAGCAAUACAUUUCUUUGCAAAGAUUGAUACUUAUCAGCAACAGAGUUCAUUGGUUCUAUAAUACAGGAUGUAAUUUUUUAUAUCUACACCCAUUAUUUAUUUCCUCUAUUAAAGAUUCUAAAAUAGCCACCUUAUGGCCAACAUUAAAACACCCAAUGUCCUAAUAACAAUUAUCCAAACGAGUGUUGUAAUGAAAUUCAGUACAACAUUAUAUCAUCCGUUUUCAUAAUAACACUGCUUUGGAUGAUAUUAUGGAUCAUCCAAAGAAGUGUUAUUAUGGUUACUAGGACUGGCUUUUUUAAUGUUAACAGUAAGCUAACUGUUUCAGAAUCUUUAAGAGGAUUCAUAUUAUGGGUGUAGAUAAAGUCUUAUAUGCAUCUGUUGAUAAUUAGGUAUUAAAACACUCAUGUGAUACUGUUAUCACAAUCCACGUUCGUGUUUUAAUACACCUUAUUACACAACAGUUGCAUAAAUAACUAUGAUAUAUCAUUCGGAUCGAUUUCCGUCAAAAGGUCAAGAAAUAUUAAUAAACUAAAUAUGCAGUUACUGGUUUCUUAUAAAUCAAGGGCUCCUUUCACGACUUUUCACUGCCCGUCUCAAAAAACCACCCUGUAUACAUACAUUGCCGCAUUUACUCCAGCUGUUUAAUAUAUUCUUGGUAAAUAAGGAGCAAUGUAAAACAUUUACUCAGUUCAGGUUACGUUGAAUUUAGAACCCGAUUCUGAUAGUGACAGUCGAAACAGACACACGACUAAGGAGAAAAGUGUGCUUACUCUUUAAGCAGACUUUUGCCGUUCUGAUAUCAGACUGCGAUGUCCUUAUGUACAUAGAACGUCAUUGAAUACAAGUUAGUUUUAUUUUAUUUAUUUAUAAUAUAAAAUAUAAUACUCUUGUUCUGAUACUAAAUUAUUAAACUAUUUUGAAUUUUUUGUUCAACAACUGAACAUUUGAAAUAUAUGAUUUUCUUCAGUGCACUUUGAUAUCUAUUCCUACCUAUAAUAUACUAGCUGACCCGACAUACGUUGUUCUGUAAAUAAUAAAUAAAGUACAGUUUUUUUUUAUGAAUUUAUCAAUAAAAUAUCAUAACAUCAAGAAUUAUUUCGUAAAAUAUGCUCCCUGUUGUUAUAAUGAAAUUGUUUCGCAGUGGAACUGUCAAACCGUGCGUGACUAAAUUCUCUCAUAGAAAAUAUGUACAUAUAAAACAAAUAUUUAAAAUAAAUAUUGGAAAUAAAAAUAAAUAUGGGUCCCAAAUGGAAAUAAAAAGUAGCAUAUCUCUCAAGUUGGACUAAACUGCACUCCAUGAAGUAGUCCCCAUUAAAAUCCGUUCAUUAGAAUUCAUUGUUUUGAAAUAUUAUUGACAAAUACAUAAAAAAGUAUUUUAUUUAUUAUGUACAGUACAACGUCUGUCGGGUCAGCUAGGAUAUAUAUAUCUCUCUCCGCUAGAGAUGCACUUCUUCUUACAAGCUUUGUUUGUCUUUACGCUAGUAUAUUGUAGGUAUAUAGUUAUAACAAUGAACAUGUCAUAACAUUUAGUAAUCUAAGCACAACCCAGUCCAGUUUUAAACGGCGAGAAAUUGGAAUCUUUCUGGCGCAUUUGAGAGCUUCCAAUCCUUAGUGUUCAAAUUCGCCUUACUCCCGUUUUCCAAAAAAAAGGUAAUAUGUCCGCAAGAAGGUUAUUAU